AUGGUUUCAAAUGUCAAAUCGAUAGAUAGUGUAUUAAUGUUGCAUUUUGCUACGUAUUCUGCUAAUCCACCACUUUACAAGAUUCUCGAACAAGCAUCGACACUAGGCGGAAGGCCAAUUGGUAUGGUUGAUAUAGAGCAGAUUCUUGCCAUUUCGCCCCUUUAUAAGAUUGUUCGAGUUGAUGAAUUGUUGACAAUUGGCUUUCAGACAGCGAGGAAAGACAGAGACCGAAUAAGUGCUUUUCUAGAGGAUUUGAACCAUUGGAUCAAGACAAAUACCAACAAGUUGGAGAUGAGCAAAGUUGAAUUAUCAACAAUAAUGACGCGACAUACUUCACCACCGCGAAGAAUUAUGAAACCCCGAUCAGCAAGGUCGUCACCAGUUAAAAAGAAAAAGUUUGACGAGCUAAAAAAUAUGAAAUCUAAAUUUGAAUUCCUUGAGAAAGAUGCUCAGAUAGAACGUAGCAAUAACCAGGGAUUGUCCCUACUUGAUAGAAUCAAACUAAAGGAAUCAAAAGCAAAAGAAGAAGUAUCAGCAAAAUCCUUGGAAACAAAAUAUCAAGAGUAUCUUACUGGAAAAGUAUGCGAUGUGUACGAUAUAAUUUACCAGUUAUACAAGGCACAGCCUGACCAAUUCAAAUCGUUUUCAAUGGCCCGGAUUAUACAAGUUGUCAAGGAUAGCUUAGAGCAUCCUUUGGAUGAACAAGAAAUCAGUGAUAUUGUUAAACUAAUUGCAUUGAAAUUGAUAAAGUACAACCUCAUUGAGAAGAACAACAUUCAGAUAUUACGAGUGCGUGAUUUAAAUAGAGAAGAAGACUUGAAGUUAUUCGAAUUAACGCCUUCAUGUGCAUAA